AUGACAAAGAAACCAACAACUCUGACAGAACUGCAAUUCCACGAUCAUAUUCAUGGGAGAUACCCUACAAGCCAAGGUAUUCACUGUGGCAAGAACAAAUUUAAGGCCACUUUCAGCACUGAAAAAUUCAGAAGGUACAGCUACGAGGAAAGUACUGUAGGAAAUUACGACAGGUUUCUCAAGAGCAGCAGAAACCCCUUUCAUCCUUACAAGAGGCAGAUCAGUGAAGAUGUCUUCCAGGAAGCACACCAAGCUCUGCAAGCGGAAGGUCCACCCUUCAAAACUGCUAGAAGCAUCGAUGGUUUUGAGGGGCUGCCGGGAUCUACAGGCACUGAUGAGUCAGAGUCAUUUCCUACACACAUUCCAAACAUCUCCACGGAACAAACAUGGUGCAAUAACAUCCAAUACAACACGACAAGUCAAGAUCACGGUUCACAAGUCAUGCAGGAUUCAGACAUCAAGCUUAGAACAUCCCCACUGGAAGGACAACCUGGUCUAUAUUGUUAUCAGCCUCAAGUGCAGCAGAUGUAUUGCCCCUCACAUCCCUUCCAUCAGCAGUAUCCCUCGGGAGGCAGCUAUCCUGUGACUUACAUUGCUUCUUCACACUACCCUUACCAGAGAAUUGCUCCUCAAAGCAGCCAGGAAUCCCAGCAGCCUCUAUUUCCCAAACCCAUCUACUCCUACAGCAUCCUGAUCUUCAUGGCACUCAAAAACAGCAAGACAGGAAGUUUGCCGGUCAGUGAGAUUUACAAUUUCAUGACAGAACACUUUCCUUACUUUAAGACAGCUCCAGAUGGCUGGAAGAAUUCUGUACGCCACAACUUAUCCUUGAACAAAUGCUUUGAGAAAGUUGAAAACAAGUCAGGCAAUUCUUCUCGGAAAGGCUGCCUAUGGGCUCUGAAUCCAGCUAAAAUUGAUAAAAUGCAGGAAGAGCUUCAGAAAUGGAAGAGGAAAGACCCAGUUGCUGUAAGGAAGAGUAUGGCAAAGCCAGAAGAACUUGACACACUGAUAGGCGAUAAAAGUGAAAAGCUGAGAUCUUCAAUCAUGUCCUGCAGUCCAACUGGCAUUGCAAGUGCAUCCCUUUCCAGGCAGAUGGCAGUCCAGCCCCAUUCUUUAUGCGAGUCCUCUCUCUCCUCCGGUAUACCACAGCCCUUGCACGCUAUCCAUACAUCAGGAGCUCUACACGUCAAGAAUCCCUUACCCAAUUUACUGGGAGGGCAGCAAACUGCAUGUUAUACAUCACCCCAGGGUUUUCCUCAACUCUCAAGUACGUUAAUGCAACAGUCCCCUGACCCUCAGACCCUGUUCCCUUCUGGGGAAGCUCAGAGCGAACUCAGAACUCAACCCAGCAUCACCCAGGAUUCUCCGUUGCCUGCCCAGACUCCCCCCACCUGUAGCGUGAAGAUGCUGACGGAGCACUCCACAGCCAGGACGAUGCAGGACACACUCAUGCCAGAGGGCGAUCUCAGCAAUGACAUUGAUGCUCUUAAUCCAUCCUUGACCGAUUUUGAUCUCCAAG